AUGUUUAAUUUUAACAACAAUUUAUCUAUAAAAUUGCUUUUGGGGUUUCGCCUUCUUUUAGGACAGUAUUGUGAAUUUAAAACUAGUAAAAUAAUUCGAGUGCUUCUUAUGCUAUAUUGCUUUGUAUUUCAUAUACUUAUGUGUUUAGUGAUACAAAAUUUCUUUGAUGCAAUUAAACCCAAAGAAAUGUAUACGUUUAUAAAAUUAUUAAAAUUAUUAAUGCUGGUAAAAGUUAUCACGAACUUGUGUAUAUCGCUGUUCUAUAAAGAAAAAUAUUUUCUUAAAUUUUAUAAGAACCUCGAAACAAUUGAUAAAAUACUGAAAUAUGAUAAGAAAUUUGAUUCUUGCAUAACUAUUAGUAUAUUUUGUGUAGUUUUCGGUCAAUUAAUUUUCGAAAUGGUAACUUACACCUCCGGCGAUAUCAUGUAUGGGUUACAAAAAUUGGUAGAUAUAACCCUUUCUCUGAAUCCAAUAAUACCGUCUUUAAUUUAUGAAAUGUAUUGGCAAAGGAUGAAAUAUUUACGUUUGUUUCUGCAAAGCAAGUGCGUCCUAAGUGACGAUGUUAAUAUAAAAAUAUUUCAUUUAAAGAAGUUUGUACAAAUUUAUAAACGUAUUUUAGAUAUUGUUGGUAAAGCCAACAGAGCUAUAAAACUCAAGAUGUUUUUGGAUAUAAUAUAUAGUUUCUUAAAAGGACUUAUAGAUAUUUCCUGUGGGAUUGCAUCGUUAAUUCAAUUGGACUCACAUCAACAUUUUGCCGUCGUUACUAUGAUACUAUUAACUAUUUUGAAGUUAUGUUUGUAUUUAAUCGGAGUAAUUUUCUUAGAUUUGGUUUAUGAUGAAUUCGAGAAAAUAAAAGCAAGCUUAGCUAUGGAGCUAGUAAAGUGUACAGAUAAUAAACUUCACGAGGAGAUUGAAAUAGCUUUGGAGUACUUGGAAAUUCGCCCGCCAAAAUAUUCAGUAUGGAGAAUUUUCCCCUUGAACUUUAGCCUUAUAACUGCACUUAUUAAUUAUUCCGUUACUUAUAUAAUAGUCCUGUUUUCGUUUGAAUUCUUUUUAAAAUAA